GAAUACAGUACAUGUAAAGUGCAGUGUUUAAGUAUAUGCUGCUACAUACUUAGAUCACCAAUGAUAGGUCUGUAUUCCACAUCAGGUAAGUUGAGAUAACCUAGUGUUCUUUGCACCCGGGACAUGGUGACACUGACUGCGUAACGAUAACCCAAUAUGUGUAGACUUGUACUUGUACCUCACGCCAGCCAGUCAGUAGCAGAAAACGUCGUGUCGUACCAAGAGGUACACGCACACAUCACGCUAACGGACAAGGACAUCUCAGGGGAUAUUGUAAAUUCUGAGAAUGGCCGAGUUUAAAUGUCUUUCCUGGUUGCUGUCAUGUACCUACCUGAUCUGUGUUUGUAACUGCCAGGACAGUAUUGUGUCUGUCAUACAGAGACUAGAUCAGUUUGACGAGGAAUUGCUUGAUAACAAGGAUGAUAUGAUCCGUAUGGAGAAAAGGAUACGAAAUAUCAUAGACGUCGCUAAGACAUCAUUGAGAGCUGAAUUGAAGGAAAACAUACGGGAUCAGGUGAGAGAAGCCAUGGCCGAGAUUCUACAAGGAGAGUCUCUUCAGGACAUGGUGAAAAGUCAGGUCGUCUCUGAAGUGCGGCAUCUGAAACAGGGCUACCAUCAGAUGAAGAGACAGUUGCUUCAUGUCUCAAGAUCCCUCAAAGACUUCCAGGACGAGACGGGUGAAUUUCAUGAAUCUGUGCUGAAGAAAGCAGAUGUGUGGAAUCGAGAAAACUCAAGUGAUACCUGUGUCAGAGAUAAACACAGACUGGAAAUAGAACUACGGAUGAGGGAUAUUUGUGCUGCUGAUCUACAGAAAAAUAUUGAACGAUUCAUCGUAUUGAACGAGACAUGCCAAUCCCAAAUAUCACAACUGAAAACAGCUCUUGCUGUGCCUGCUUCAACCCCCGCCCCUGUAAACGUUACCUCAAUCCCCAAAUCACCAGUGUCAACCACGUCAGUGACGACACCCAGGCCAGAGGAGAAGAAAAGUAGGAUCCUGAUUGCUCCACGCUUGUCAGGCACCCAGCACCAGUUCCGUCAACUCAACAUUCACAGAAACUCACUUAGUGUCUAUCAGUCUCACACCAUGAAGCAGGUGACAUGUGUUGCAUACAUAGCUAAGACAAAGAAACUUCUGAUAGGAUUACGGAUCCCUGAUAAAAUAGUGUCAUCUACACUGGAUACAAGUCACGUGACGGUGCUAAGAGAAGGUGUACGGACAUAUUGCAUGGCAGUGGAUGAAGAUCGAGACAUUGUAUUCAUAGCCACGCAUCAACCAGGAUACUCAAUCAACCGCAUGUCUACACAGGGGAAAGACUUUACAACCAUCAUUGACUUAUCCAAGUACGGAAACUAUCCAUAUCAAAUAACUCUUGACACAAGGAGAAAGAGGAUCUAUGGGUGUAAUCGCGGGAAACUGUUCACAGUGACAUAUGAUGGUCAAGGUCUGGCAACAUUAGCCACAGGAAGUUACAUGUAUGCUGUAACCCUAGAUCAGACAGCUGGUGUGUUGUAUUAUAACAUUGAGAGGAAACUGAUAAAGAUGACAGUGUCCACUAAUGUGAGUACAGAGGUGACCACACUGAGCGCCACCCCCUGGAACAUGAGACUGUAUAGAGGCACCAUCUACUUCAGUGGCUGGAAUUCUCCUAUUGUAGGUGCAGUGGAUGUGACAAACAACACUGUUGUAUACACUCUCCAGUCAAUACCCAUGAAGGGGGCUGGUGCUUUACUUAUGUGUUUGAUUCCCUGAAUUCUAUGAUGGAUAUUCUACUAUGAAUUUGGAAAAUACUCAACUGAGUCGUUUAGAACCACAAAAACCAACUCUGAUUAAACAGCUCACUUGGCGGCCACUGUUGUAUACACUCUCCAGUCACUACCAAUGAAGGGUGCUACUAUUUUACUUACCGUAUUUCCUCUAUUAGACGCCCGGGCUUCUAUUUACUUCGGACAAGCCUUUGACCCGGCGUCAAUUAGAGGCCCGGCUUCUAUUAAUACGUCUAAGGGAGUCCUCAUUAUGUAAUUUAGGUCCCAAAAAGGGAUCAUUAAUUGUAUCAAUUGAUCGACCCGGCGUCUAUUAGAGGCCCGGUUUCUAUUUUUUGCACUGAACAAUUGACCCGGCGUCUAUUAGAGGCCCGGCCUCUAAUAGAGGAAAUGCGGUAUGUGUUUGAUUCCCUGAAUUCUAUGAUGGAUAUUCUACAAUGAUUAUGGAAAAUACUCAACUCAGUAGUUUCGACUUACAAUAACCAACAGCUGAUUUAAACAGCUGAUUUGGCGUCCACAUCACCAUGGAGACUGAUAUUUAUAGAAGUACUUUUUUCUCAAGCAUUGUUAGACAUUUUUUUGUACAUUAUAUUGUAUAAAUCUACGUUA